CUUUUUUCCUGUGUCUCUAAAAUCAUAUCGUCCACUUUAAUCAUAUUCGUUGAUGCGGCUUCUUCCGGUAAUAAUAACUCAACAGUGUCGGCGGAUUCCUCCGUCGCAUGACCAUUGAUGCUCUAAAUUCCUUAGGAUUUUAUUUCUCUUGCUCUUCUAUAACUCGGGGAAGCUCUUGUUGCCUCGUUGGAUGAGUUUGUCUAUAUUGUUUUAGGCAUGAAUGAGUCAGUCCCUGAAUCUGUGGAAGACAAUGGUAAUUCAGUCCCUGCAAAUGGAUUAUUAGUAUUGCCUGAUAUUGAUCAUGAGGAAGGAGGUGUUGGAUCACCUCAACGAUCGAACAGCGUUGGAUCUCCGGGUGGAUCAGUACAUUCUACGAGGAAAGGUUUUGGUUUGAAGAAAUGGAGACGGAUCAAAAGAGAUGGUCCUGUGAGAGACGAGGCUGCUCCUGUUGAUGAUGGUAGUAAGUUGCUGAAACGUGGAUUGGCUGGUUUGGUGAAUCCUCCUUCUAAACAUGUUGACUUGUCUUCAGUUGAAGCAAGGCAGAGUAGUGAAGGCUCUGUUGGGUCUGUGAAUAUGGUGCAUCAUCCAGGGGUAGCCAACGGGUUUAAUCCCGAUAUAGGUUGUAUGUUUGCUGUUGGCCAAGCGUUUGAGAAAAGUGAAGAGCAUAGUGGUAAUACCAUAGGUGCAAAGAAUGUACUAGGAGGGAAGAUUGUUUCAGGUAGCCAAGAGAAACUCUGGAGUGAUACCAUCAAGAAGGCUAGCGAGGAGCGGGGGAAUAGUGAGAAGGAGAAGCCUUGUUCUAGCUUGGAUUCCGACUUGAGAAGUAGCGAUUUUGUGUUUUCGAGUGGCUCGGUUUCUGUUGCUAACCAUGGAGAGAAAGAUGAGAGAUUGACGAUGAAUUAUAUUGGGGGAUUUAGCAAUGAAGGUCAAGUUCAGGAGGAAGUUCAAACGUAUAGCAGAAGCAAAAACGGGUAUAAAGAAGACGAUGGAGAUGAGAGUAAGAAAAACAAUAAUCAUUGGGCAGAUAAAGAUCCACUUGCAGAGUCUAUCGGAAGCUUUGCAGCUCUGCAGGAAGCUCUUUGGAAAGAGGUUCAAAGUUUUCAGGAGCUGGGUAAGGAAUCUAUACUACUACAUUCAAACACCGAUGAAUUGAGUGCAGCCCAACCAAGUCAUGAAAAUUGUAGAGAAGAUAACUCAACAUCCUCAGGAUCAAAGGCACUGAUCUUGAAGGUGAAGGUAAAACAUCUGGAACACAAACUCGAGGAAGCGAGAGCUGCUCUCGAGGCAAAGGAAGCCAGGAUCCAUGAACUCGAAAACUUAAAGAUUGAAUCUGAACUCGAAGGCAUUUUCCAGAGAAGGAUCGAAACUGAAAUCGAGCAUUUGAUACUCACAAGAACUCUGAGUUCACUACAAGUACUCCAAGAACCUAAGAAGUUACAUUCUCUGAAAGAAGAUCUUGAAUCAAACCGUGGAAACAUCUUAGGAAAAACAUGUAAGCUCGGUUUCUAUAUCUUGACACAAUUGAUCUUGCUCGUUUCUAUACUUCGGCUUCUAGUCCUACAAUUCUCUCCUGAUUCACGAUUAGUUAUACCAACUUGAAAACUUCCUUCUUCUUGUUGUGUUAUCAAACAUUUUUUUUGUUUCUCCAGAUUGUAAUAAUUAAGGUCUUUCAAGGAUAUUGUCCCAAUGGUUAUAGUUAAAAUACGAUGUUUACAUUUUCCCAGAAA